GUGAUGACGUCAGCGCGGGUGUAGCAAGAUGGCGACGCCGGUGACGGCCGAGGCUCUCUCCUCGGAGGACGAUGAAGACAGCGGCGGGAGGAAGGUGCGGGGCAGGCCCCGGCUGACGGACAAGGACCGGGUGCGGCGCCGCCUGGAGUCCCGGAAGAAGUACGACUGCCGCCGGGUGUACCUGGGAGAGGCGCACGGAGCCUGGGUGCGGCGGAGGGAGAAGGGGGCGGAGAGCGGGGGCGGGGCCUGGACUGACGCCAAGCUGGCCGCUUACCUGAUGGAGCUGGAGGCGCGAGGAGGGAAGCCAUGUGAGGAUCGCCAGUCUGGCUCGCAGCACAGGAAUACAGGACAGCGAGGCUGUGUGAACAAUCUGCUCAGCUUGGUGACAUGGUACUGUGAUCACAAGAGCCACUGCCCUCACGAGCCCGGCCUGUCGGAGCUCAACGCUAGUGAUGUUCUGUAUACCACGGCCGUGUGGCAGUGCCAGGCAGGACACCACUUUUACCAGGAAUUGCGAUGUCCAUUGGGGUAUGAAGAUGAAGCCGAGUCAGAUGACUCCUCCUCCAGGUCCGCCCCCCUGUCCACAGAACCAUGCCAAACCUUGGAGCAGCCGGUUCACGCUCUGUACUCUCAGCCUCCAGAGAAUGUGACAGAGGGGGAGGCUCCGUGCACGGAUGACGCAGAGACAGUGGUGUGUGUCCCCAUGGGGCCCACAGCCAGAGGACUCUUUGAAGAAGUGACUCAGGAAGCUCUGGGACAGGUGGUGGCUGCUGGCUGCCCCUCGCAGGUCAUCAUCAUUUCCGGACCUGGGUAUGAGGCAUUGGCAGCAGAGGGGAUCCAGCUGGACAUGGCGGAUGGGAGCAGUGAAGAGGAGGGCACUGGGACAGCACUUGAGGCCGUGUCCGCAUUCACACAGACCGAGAUUGAGGAAGAAGAGGAGCAGAGUGGUGCUGUGACCAUGACAGAUGAGGACACGCUGUACACCCUGCAAGAGGAACCAGAGGAAUGCCAAGUUCCCAGACUGGUGCUCAGUUCUCAGUUGCCUGAUGUGGACUCCAUGGAGGAACCGUCUGGACCAGGACCUAUGGUUAGUGUGGACUAUCAGGCAGAGAACACAGUGCCGGUUCCAAAAGAGCCUGAGAAGAAGAAGAAUCGUCACUCCCGGGCUGCAGAUGCCGAUGGAGUGUUGGAGAUGUUCCACUGUCCCUAUGAGGGUUGUGUCCAGGUCUACACGGCUCUUGCCAGCUUUCAGAAUCACAUUAAUUUGGUGCACAGAAAAGGCAGGACCAAGGUGUGCCCGGAGGUCGGCUGCGGAAAGAAGUUCUACUUGUCCAACCACCUGCGGCGCCAUAUGAUCAUACACACAGGGAUCCGUGAGUUCAUCUGCGAGACAUGCGGCAAAUCCUUCAAAAGGAAAAGUCACCUGGAAGUGCACAGAAGAACCCACACAGGGGAGACCCCUCUACAGUGUGAAGUGUGUGGGUACCAGUGCCGGCAGCGUGCCUCUCUGAACUGGCAUAUGAAGAAGCACGGCUCGGAGAUCCAGUACAGCUUCUCCUGCGAGCAUUGCGGCAAGCUUUUCGAGAAACGUGAGAGCAUCAAAUUCCACAAACUAAAGAGCCACCCAGAAGGAGAGGUCACGUGACAUGGUACAAGGGGAGAGGAGGGUCAGCUGACUGAUAACUAUUCAUGUAACACUAAGGAGAGAGUAGAGGGUACGUUGUCAAAGGAAUGUGCUCCAUUCUGGUAGGGGGUCCAUUGGUGAUUGCCAGGAGACACAGCAACCAGCAAAGACUCUUCUACCAUAAAGGAACUAAUCACUCUCUAAAAAUGACUUGUGUAUUAAGGACCUGUUCACGUUUCUGAAUUUCCUACGUUAAUGCGCAUUUCAGCCACUUUUUACAUGCUUUACCAUGGAACUUGGUGGAAGUGCAUUUUGCUGGAAACUGCAUCAAAGAUACAUCUAGUGGGACCUUCCCCCCAACUCCCUGCACAUCCAACAACCCUAAAACAGCACAAAUGUGGACAGGUUCUUAUUGGUAACACUACAUAGAAAUUGCAACUGCUGUGGUUCAAGUUUUAUUUUGUAAAAGCUUUUUAUAAAGGAACUUGUCUGGACUAUUCCAAUCUAUGCAGGCGCAUUCUAAGGUUUAGGUCCUAGUACACUCUAUGGCCAAAAGUA